CAACGACUACGACAACUACGGCAAAGUGGACAGGUCAGGUACACGGAAUUACAAGAUGCACUGUGACCCUGUGUUCCCGCUCGUUCGCUCCAUUCAGGUGCCUCAAAUGUUGGGGGAGGCUUGGACGCCAGCAAAGAAGGAAUGGCGCUACCGUGGGACGAUACCACGACGGGCAAGGGAGGGAAUGGCGGCAUAAAGAAGUCAAUCAAACAGAAGCAGCGAUCAGAAACAUUGAUGACCCAGGAUUGGUGAUUGAUGAUACCCCUUCGUCUCAGAAUUAGGAAGCAUUGCAACGCCAGACAGACAACUUUGAAUCCAAAACAGACGGCAGAAAUGAAAUGAGGUCAAUAAUGAAUACAUAGGUAGGCACAUACGCGCGUUAUCAAGACACUGUUGCGACAUACUGUAUACUGUAAGUAGCCAAUUCAUUGCACAACUCGUAUAACUGGUUCACUGUUUAUGCAUUGCCGCGUUAUCAGAGUUAUCCUUAUCCGUCUGUCCCCCAGACAUCCAUCACAAUACAUAGCGAUAUGACGGAAUACCAACGGACAUGACGACUUGCCAAAUGCAGAUCUAGCACUGUGCUAUCAGGGAGCCGGCGCUGUCUAGCUCAGUGCAAACAAGACCUCACGCGCACUGAGGGUGGAGAGCAUUAACCAGAACCAGGGCAAACUCAGCAGAAGCCAGAUCACUCAGUCACUCGCUCAGUGGAAAGUCAACGACAUAGGGGAGUCAUUCAGAGGCCGGUGCCGGGCUCAGCAUCAGUCAUACGGACGAGUACGGGGCCCCAGCGCCGAAUCUUGGUGGCGAUUCGAGUAACUUCUGCCGGCCUCUCUCCCGCUCGACGCUGCCGGCCCAACUCACAUUUACCUUUCUCUUUUAUCGGUGGGCGGCGGGAAAUGACAUGUUGGUCAGCGUGAUCAUACAGUAUGCGCCCCUCUAUUCAAACAGUACGCCUUCAGUAAUCCCUUCCAGCGCCGGGCUCAGACACUGGGAAAUGGGAUUCGCGCAAUCUGGACCUCCGUCGGUGCAACGCUGAUAGCGGCUUCACCGCCCACUACCCUCAAGCAAAGUAACUUUUAGGCUAUACUCUGGUGUUUCGAGGACAGUGCUCAUGUGUAUUGCCUGAUGCAGAUCCCAACAGACUGUUAACCAAGCUACCACUGGGCGUAGACAAGAUGGUGUAGGGCCUCGAGGCAUGAAUGGAGCACUUGUUCACUGGCUGCAGCGACGGAGCGUAGCAAUGCACAUACAUAGUGCGCAUAGUGCGCGUGGCACCAGUGUAGUCCAUGCAACGACGAUGCCAUCCCCAGGUUUUACUGGCUUGGCUCGGCAUCGCAAACAAGACGAGAACGAGCUGUCAAUUGCAAGGGUCCUUCUCUGUCCCCAACGAAAUCCAACACGGGAAAUGCAGCUUCUGAGGUUCUACUCAAUCUGAUCUGAACUGAACUGUCUCGUGGACAGGAAAAGUGAGCCCAUACUUGACUAUCCCGAAUCCGAAAUCAGGGUCUCGUCUCGUUUUCUCUAUCGCUAUUUCGGUUUACAGUUUUGAUCCGUCUCAAACGCAAUUCGGGCUUUUUCUUAGAUAGUCGGCGCCACGGUACAGUCACAGUCCGAGUGACGGACAGACGGUGCUCAGCCAACAUUGCAGUCGGGGAAUUGAGGCAAUCGCUAUCAGCGACUACGCAAUUAGACUAUGCAGAAAACUGAUUGGAUCUUGUGCCACGUUUCUCUCGUUCCUGAGCUGGAAGCCUGCCAAUUCUUCGAUUGCAGAAGACCCUUGUUAUCUCUGGUUAUCAAGUUCCAAGUCUCCAACUUUUGCCGCCAGUCUCUUGUCGAUCACCCUUCUGACGCCUUAACGCUUACACCCUUGCUCGUCUACUAAUCUAGGUUAUCAGUGAAUUGGCCCAGCUUGGUCACUCGGUCAUGCACUCCUGGAUCCUGCAUUCCAGUGGGCAUACCCCCGGUGCCAUGAGGACCCUUUCGUCUCAGGGACCAGAUGAACUAACAGACAAUAAGACUCGGCCGCCAAAAAGUAAACAGAUGGUUUCUUGAGCCGCCGAGUGUGAAUGUGUCAUCCAACAAACGCCAGAAGCUUCCAAAUAAUGGUCAGGGGACUGGGAUUGUGCAAGGAGAUCUUACUGUGUUGGUGAUUACAUCCGUAAAUAGAAAAGGGGCGUGCGUCAGAACAGGCUAUGCUUCCAAGGCUGGCUUGGAGCUUGGACAGGCAGGAAUUGCGUGUAGCGAUCUGUCGUCAAUCAUCAAACGUGACUGGAUGGGUUUUCAAGGGUCCGCGUUGCUCAGCCAUGCACAAAUCUGUGCAAAUCUUCACAAAAUAUCACCAUGACACGAAACAGCUGUGCACAAAGCCAGGUUUGCCGGUCAGGACACUGUGAUGCUACAUACCAUUUUGGGAAGAAAGACAACAAAGAGCAACGAACCUUGAAUUUCGACUCGAGAGACGAAAUGACGGCAUUUCGUCUCCAUCAGAGCGGGGGUGCAAAAUACGUGGACAUGAGAUUAUUCAGGGAAUAUGGGAUUACGAAUCUCGGAUGAUGGAAUUCUUCGAGAUUACUCACCUGCUCCAGUCUCCAGUCUCUAGUCUCCAUUAUUAUUCAAGCCAAGACAGAUACUGUGUUGUAACUGUGUGUACUGGUUUGUUUCGACGGACGGACGGACUUGACACUCGGUGCGGGUCCCCGGGCCUCGUGAGAUCUGAUGUUUGCUGUCGCCUUGUGGUGGAGUCCGGACAAAUAUGGGGAUGGAAUUCGAUAUCGGCGUUCCAAGGACAGGAGACUUGUUGAGUCGUGACUCAGUGAAAAUGGAAUACGGAGAUGAGAUGAUGAACAUUGGUCAUGUCACGAUGGUCACAGGUGAGUAAGCCUCACGCUCUAAGCCUACAUGUUGCACAAUUGCACGUUGAAAUUGUUCUAGACACGACUCCCUAUUUCGGUUGGACGUGGUUUAGCUGUCUCAAGUCACGUCGUUGCCGGCUCUGAUUCGUUGUCAUAUCGGAAACACAAUAUUUACUUAUAUUGACAACAACAUGCUAUUAUGCGCGGAUCUUGUCAACAAGGGCGGGGAUAGAGGAGGGCAACAAGCUACAAGGGAUAACGAGGGGAAAACUGAGACGCUGAAGGGAUUGAAUCUCAUCAUCGAGGAUGAUCUUUUGACUCAACCGAUUUGCCCUCCAGAUAUCGCGUGAGAGUUGCAGCUCUUGUCCAGGGUAGCUACAAUACAGUUGGUCAUGGGAUUGAGCUGAAGCUCCAGCAAAUUGUGACCCACAAGCUUGAAGUGAGGUGAUGGUGGUGAGAGAAAAAGGGUCCUGCUGCGACUGUGGACAACACACAUUUCUUUUCUUUCACCGUUGCCAGGGGCUGUCUCACUGCUGCGUUCCGGAAGCUGCAUGAACUGGCCACUUCAGCUCGGGAACAGCAGGGGAUCUGUUAAAAGCUCCGUAUCGAGCUGCAGCUUGGGUUGCUUUGCCUCGGGACCACAGCCUGCAGUGACACGGGGUUUGGCGACAGCCGGCAUAGACUAGACUCUAUAGACGUGUUCUGUACGAUGCUAAGCAGACCAGAUCAGACCCUGAAUACGAAAAGAUCUUUUAGUUCACGACCUGUGACAGAUGAACUGCCAGUUGUCAUUUUCGUCAACAGGGUUCUAAUUAGAGAUCCAUUGUAACCCUCAGAGCCUAUCCAAUUCCCUCGGAUCUGGCCGCCGACCCCUGUAACACAGCCAAGUCCUUCUAUCCAGUUCCUUCACAACAGGCCUCUUCGCUGUCCUCCUUACCCUGCAGUCAGGAAAUACUAACACGCCAUUGGCCGGUUCACCUCGACCCAACCAACCUCACCUCUUGACCGCCUUUCCUCCAAUGCUCACAUGGCUGCAAACCAACUCUCCAUUCGCAUUAGAUUCGAUCUACUAUUGCAUCUCAAUCAACCCACGUUCCCAGCUGCAUCAAGCUUAACACGGAUGCUUCGUCAAGGAUCUUAAACCUCCAAGGAAAUCACCUCACCAAAAGGCGCCAAGCUAGAUAGCGGCCCGCUCUGGAAUCCAGGAACAAGGACCUUCUGCUGCCACUGCCAAUAUUGGUUUUUUUUCCACGCACGCACGCUCUCUUCCUCACUUCAAGAUCGUAGCAGGGAUCCCGAAUCGGAAUUGGUGUCUGACAGAAUUUUCUUGUCAUCUCUUCUUUCUUACUUUCGGUUUAAUUCACCCGUUUCAUCUCUCAUAUUGGACGUAUCAAUAUCCAGGCUUGACCGCUUUCUUACGGAAAAAUAACUCCUUUUCACGAUGACGCUCAACCUCAAUGACUUCGACGUUCUAGUAUUUGACAUUGGUAAGACUAAACUGGCUCCACAGUUGCUGUUGGCGACUGCGUGCGUGUUUUGUUCACUGCAAGGACUGUUUUGGACUGAGUUGUCAUUCAUUAUAUUGGCAUAUGUUUUGUACCUUACUAUACACCCGCGCUUUGCUUGGAUAUCAUACACUCAGAAUAGCCAUAAUAACACAUGUUACAGAAGGAACCGUUUGUCCCAUCUCCUUUGUCAAAGACGUUCUCUUUCCGUAUGCACUCGAGGCACUUCCCAAAGUGUUGGAUCAAGAGUGGGAUAGCCCAGAGUUCGCAAAGUACCGCGAUGCCUUUCCCGAAGAGUAUCGCAACUCGCGCUCUGACUUUGAAGCGCACGUCCGCGACCUCGUGAAGCGUGAUGUCAAGAUCGCCUAUCUCAAGUCGCUCCAGGGUUAUUUGUGGCUGCAAGGCUACAAGUCGGGUAACAUCGUGGCGCCCCUUCUCCCAGAUGUUGAGCCCUUCUUCAGCGAGGCCACCCAGGCUGGAAAGAAGAUCAUCAUCUACUCGUCCGGCUCAGUCCCCGCGCAGAAGUUGCUCUUUUCACAUACCAACUCCGCCAUGUCAGAUAUGACGCCUCUUAUCGCAGACUACUUUGAUACCACUAAUGCGGGGCCCAAAACCGAGGUUGAUAGCUACGCGAAGAUCAUUUCUGAGCACCCGGAGCACAAGGACGUCAACCGAUGGCUUUUCCUGAGCGACAAUAUCAACGAGGUCAAAGCUGCUGUUGGGGCUGGUAUGCGCAGUCUGCCCGUUGUUCGUCCCGGUAAUGCGCCCUUGCCGCCAGACGAACCUCUGUCCAAGCUCGCCAUUACCGAGUUCAAGCACUCAGAGGUCGCUUCUUUGGGAGUAUGAUAGACGGCUGCAGGAAAAGGUUGCUCAGGGUGUGGGGAAAUGAUAAUCGUCGAAUAGCGUGGGACCUUUGUGCGGAGAUGCAAGAGUAGCAGCUCGCUAGGGAAUUCUACCCCCCUCAAAAACUAAGACCACCGUCCAGCUGAUCUUGUCUACUGGUGAUCUGGUGUCCCCAAGCUGCAUAAGUGUCACCAUGCACCUUAUCAGUCGUGCGACGUAGCAAGUUGCAGAUAGUCGAUCCAGAUGAUACAGCACAGCACAGUACGCGCUCUCCAAGAACUGUGUAGAUAGGAUCCUCUUAUCGAGAGUUAAACAUUCGUACCGUGUCAGCUAGUUAAUUGUCGCGUGCUCAAAACUCCAUAUGUUUUGCUGUGUUGAUAGCUUGUUGGGCAGUUCCGCAUAUGCAGCUCGUCGAGGCCCCACGCGUUGUCGUGUCUCCCCUCAUCGUUUCAGUUUGAAUGACUCGUCGAAGCUUUGAGCGUCAUGACAAAAUUGUUCCGCGUCCGUCCUGGAUUGACUUCCUUCUUUGUAAAAUCUGGCCGCUUCUCGGAGACGGUCCCGAUCCUCUUCCAAAGAGUAUAUGCCAAUUUCUGAGUCAUCUUGGCCUUGGUGCAUGCAUAGCCGAGAAUCGUCAUCAACUCCUCCAAGCGAGUUUCUGUAAAGUAUCGUGAGUUAUCAACACAGCUACGAGGUAGAACCACAAAAAGGCAAGGAAAGGGUUCGUCAGAACCAGUUGCUGGUUCAGCUGGAGGUCGAAGAAAGGAGAGAGUCCGAAGAAGCAUCUGUCCACGCCCCUCGGCCUCGGGCACGAAGUUGAGCACUAGACUCAGAGAGAUGAUGUCGAACACCUCAGAAUCGUCUUUGGGCAGAGGUCGCUCCAUAAAAUCUUGCUUUGUGAUGCCUGGCUCCUGGCUGUUGAGAUCGAUAUGCUUCAUAGUAAAGAUACCGCUUGUCGAGCAUGCGUUACGAGUACUCAAUGCCCCAACCUCCAGCAUAUGAAACGGCUGAGCACGCUUCUUGAGCUCUGCCACAGGGAGCCAUUCCAGAAGUACUCUUGACGUGUCGCCUCCUCUAUCGAGACUCUGACCUUGCAAACUGGCCUUCUGAUAGUGGUCAAGACCACCCAGCUUGGCAAUCUCUGAGGCGAUGCGAGUUUCGGUGACCGUGUCGCCCUUGGCUGCAGCUUGCCGACGUUGUUUCUCCAGUUGGUGAUGAGUGUUGAUGAGACUCCUGCUGGCUUUCCUAGACAUUGACCGUGAGGACUUGACAGUUGGCGGGCGGCCACUUGAAAGGCUUUUCAGCCUUGCUUGCUUCUUGGAAACCAUUUUAUGAGUGCAAUGAGAAUGGCCCUUGUGUGUUGACCUCUUGACCCCUUAAUUCAUCGAAAUCUGAAAUGAUUUUCAUGUUAGUCUCGGUAAAGAGAAGAGUAAUAUUGAAACUCACCAAUUCUCAAAUCGUGCAACUCCUCAGGGAAGACCCAGCAGAUUACAGUGAGCUAUAAGUCUUGGAAGAGCAUUUUGAUUCCUAUUAAUCGACCGAACUGCCCAAAAAUUCCGC